UCUGUCUCCUUCUACUGUGUGAUUGCUUGCGCAUUGCAUUCAUGGACCUAACCUAAACGAAACAAUACGUUUUGUACAAACAUUUUGUUUCAAACUGUUGUGUUGUGUAGUGAAAAACAUCUAAACAUUGCUUUAUUUUCAUAUCAGUUUAUCACAGAAAUGUACGAAUGGAUACUGUUAAGCAUAAAGAAAACCUAACCAAACUUUCUUUAGAAGAACUUGAAGAAAUUUACGAGCGGGAACAAAAUAUACUCAAGAACAAGAAAUUGGUCAGUAAGUUACCCGACAAGGGUAAACAGUUGGAGCAAAAGUUAGAGGAAAUUAAGAAAGAAAUUGAUCUCAAACGCUCACUUCGAGAUAUUGAAGGGAGUCUGAAAACGUUAACAAUAGAUAGUUCUAAAGCGCCUGUUUUAAAUGAAAAACAUGUGCAACACUUAUGUAGUAUGGAAAAAAGUCCGGAGAAAGAGAGGUAUAAACCGUUUUCCACCCUUGCUCAUGAAGAUAAAUCGAAAAAUCAGAAGCCUACACAACUGAUUCCAUUAGCGGAAUCGAUUACUUUAUUAGUCGAACAAGCAAAUACACUGCCGGUUCCUGAUGCCAAAGUUAUAAUCGAGGGAGCUGAGAGUGAGGAGGAAGAGGACGCAUUAGAUAACACACCUUUGUAAUUUUCAAAAAAACUCUAUUUAAAUAAAUUAACAAUUUUUAACAUUUUAUGAAUACAAGAGUUAUAUACA